GCUCAUCCUCCUCCCACCCUCUCUCUUCGGCUGUUGUCUUUCGGCUGCUGCGGGAUGGUCAGCCGGGUGUGCCCUGGCAUUCUCCCUCGGCCUGACUUGAUGGCCCACCAUUUGGUCGCCAAUCUCUGAUCCAGCGGCCCCGCCCAUGUGUGUUUUGCUGCUCUGAGACAUGUACUCUCGCAGUCGCCGCCUCAAUAAGGGCGAGUGGAUGCCCUGGCACCCUUUGCUGCCAUUUAGGCUCAAGAGUUUUUGGCCAAGGCCGUGCAGCCUCGGGCGCCAGGGCAUGGUGAUGGAGACCGCGGCGACAGUCGGCGCGGUGCUGGUCAGCGCGCCUGCUGAUAACGGUGCCCAUGUCACCCUGCCCGAGUACACCGAUCCUGAGUUGGAUGUCAAGAUGAAGCUCAGGCUGGUCGACAUCUUUUUGCAGAGUGUCGAAAUGGUAAAUUCUGCGAGAGCAGGCCCCUCGCCCAGUACAGAAGUUAUCGUGGGCCCAGAGGAAUACAUGUUGCCUUGCGGCAUAUCCCUUCUUGUGGCUAUAUGUUGCGCAAGUAACCGCAUGCGAGAGGCCAGUCUCAAUGUGCUCGAGCUCUCAGCGGAGCUCUGGGAGGAUUAUCGCGAUUCGUUGACCAAUGUCGCGAUCUCAUGGGUGCCGUUUCAAUGACCGAUGGUCCACGGUUGCCCUAGAUCGUCGAGAUAGGAUUUUGCUUGUAGCAGUAGUUCCGAGCGUUCCGUCUCGUGUAGAUUUUGCCCAGGCUCUCAAGCACCACUAGGUGCAAGUCCAUCAUGAACCAGCGGAGUGACUUUGCAAACGCGGUUUUCCAAUAAUGUAUUUGUACUUGUCGUCCUAGCGGCGCUUCCUUGAGCUAAAGUUAUAAACAGCGGCGUCUUCCUGCGACCCACUCAUGGACCGUCGUCAGACUCUGCGCUGCGAUUCCUGAUGCGCAGAA